AAGUUCCAGGACACCGUCUCGCAUUUGAGCCUGAAAAUCACGAGUUUUGGUCACAAGAAACCUAGCCUCACCUUCAGUACUAUUGGCAAGAGCUCAGAUUUUCAUCCAGGCUAUCUUUGAUAUGGCAGCUACUGCUGCAAAUGGCGCUACUGCGCCUAACUGCACUGUUUAUGUUCGGAAUCUUGAAGAGCGGAUCAAGAUCCCUGCGCUCACGGAAGCAUUGCGGGAGAUCUUCACGGAAUAUGGCAAUGUGAUUGAUCUAGUAGCGAAGAAGAACCUCAAGGCCAAGGGACAGGCAUUCAUAGUCUUUGACAAUCCGGAGUCGGCGGCCAACGCCAUAGACGAAAUCCAGGGAUUCGAGCUCUUCGACAAACCAAUGGUGCUGGAUUUUGCUCGCUCGCGGAGUGAUGCCGCGGUCAAGCUGUCCGGCGAUCAGGAGGAAUUUGAGACGCACAAGAGAAGAAGACUUGCUGAGAAGGAACGGAAACAAGCACAAGAAGCGAUCGAUGCGCAGAAGAAACUCAAGCGCCCACCACCAGUCGCCGCAGAAGCUGGAGCUCCUCGACCUAUUAAAGCCGCGAGAGGAGCAGGUCUCAAAUCCACCACUGCCACGGCUGCUGUUGUUCCUGACGAAUAUCUGCCGCCCAAUAAGAUUCUCUUCGUCCAAAAUCUGCCAGAUGGAUACGAUGCUGACAGUUUGUCGGCAAUCUUCGCACGGUUUGAGGGCUUCCGUGAAGUUCGUCUUGUUCCUGGUCGAAGGGGACUUGCAUUUAUCGAGUACGAGAAUGAAUCUGGCGCCAUUAGUGCCAAGGAGAACACUGCGGGCAUGGCGUUGGGCGAUGAAAAUAAGGUUAUCAAGGUUACAUACCAGAGACAAUGAAUGCUCGGUUUCAGUGCACUUUUUAAGGGGGGUUUCUUGUUUGAUUGGCUUAUUGAUUAAAAAAAUGCGCCAUAUGAAAGCUUUACGGUUAGGUGCAAAGGCUAAAAGAGUCUGGUUGUGUACAUGAUACCAUAAUUUUCAACUGACGAAUAUUUACUCGAAAACGCAGCUCUCCAUUGGCACAACUCCGACUUAAUCAGCAUGUAAAGGGUACAAAAAAUGCGGCAAUAUUCAGGGAUCGCAUGGUAUCGUCAAUGCUACUGGUAUCUUUGGUGGAGUUCGCUUAGAAGAUGACAUCGGCAUCUUCUGGGUCUCCAAGCAGGUCUGCGGUACCUGCGUGGUCAACUUCAUCCUUCUCACUGACAGGGAUGUCUUUCUGCGCCACAGCGUCUGCAUUCUGGGCUUCGCGAGCCUUCUUUCCCGAG